AUUUGCGCAUGCGCGUUGCAAUUUUGGCUUUAUAUAUUGAAGGGAGUUGCACUACUGUAUAUUGUGACAUAGCACAGCCUUAUUCUAGUUUAUUCGUAACCGUUAAUUUUUGCUGUGAAGCAACGCGGUCGGAACAAGUUGGAGUGAACUCGGAGGGUACGAUGACUACACCUUCGAAUACCGGAUUGUCCUUCGGCACACCGAAAUCCGGUGCAACAGGACUCACCGGUUUGACUUUUGGUACUCCGACUACUAUGGCCACUGGGACCGGCUUCGGCCUUGGCGGUGGCAUAACCGCAACGACAACAUCUAUAUCCAUCGCAUCAAGCCUACCGAGUUUCACGAAUCUUGCAAGUAGCACAAUGCCCAUGUCCACGGCGACGGGGCUUUCAUUCGAUGCCACAAAAGCGCCGACGACCGCGGCCACAGGAUUCUCUCUUGCAACCACUACAACAGGUUUCCCUUUUGGUGUGGUCGGGACAUCGAAACCUGCAGCAGGAUCCACUGGCCUGACCUUUGGUACUCCAAACGUCAUGACUACUGGAACUGGAUUUGGCCUUGGCAGUACAAUAACAACUACAGCAUCUGCAACAAGCAUUCCAAAUUUCAGUCUUCCUACCAGCAGUACAGCUGUGACAUCUGCCACAUCUGGGCUUUCGUUUGAUGCCUCGAAAACAGGUACCACUACGGCAACCACAGGAUUUUCCCUUGCGACGACUACAACAGGAGGAUUCAGUUUUGGAGUUGGAACAUCAACGACUACUUCUACCGGGUUUCCUUUGAGCAAAACAACUUCCGCCGCUAUUUCAACAAGUUUAGCAGUACCUUCAACUCACACUUCCUUAGGUACCACUACAACCGUUAGUUCUGCAACUGGUAUACAACCAGGAGCUAUUAACUUCUGUCAACUUGAAGAAUCGAUUAAUAAAUGGACUUUGGAAUUGGAGGAACAAGAGAAGGUAUUUGUGAAUCAAGCGACACAAGUUAAUGCCUGGGAUAAAUUGUUGAUAACUAAUGGAGAGAAAAUAGUAACUUUGAAUCAAGAGGUUGAGAGAGUGAAAAUCGAGCAGCAGCAAUUGGAGCAUGAACUGGAUUAUGUUGUUGGACAACAGAAAGAAUUGCAAGAAUGUCUAGUACCAUUAGAAAAGGAGCUAGCAUCUCUUUCUGUCUCAGAUUCUGAUCGAGAAUACACUUAUCGUCUGUCUGAAAAUCUCGACACGCAGUUAAAACGCAUGUCAGAGGAUUUGAAAGAAAUAAUAGAACAUUUGAAUGAAGCAAAUCGCGCUCAAGAUUCGAGCGAUCCCAUUGUUCAGAUUGGAAAGAUUUUGAACGCUCAUAUGAACAGUUUACAAUGGUUAGACCAACAGACAGCUUUGUUAACUCAAAAAAUACAACAGAUCGAUCAAAUGCAUCAAAGUUUCAGGCAAGAAAGCGAACAGAAUUUACAUUUAGCUUACAAUUAGCUGCCGGCUCAUUUUAUAUAAACUUGUAAGAAUAUUUUUUGAGUGGCGUAUUAUUUAAUGAAAAGUCUCAAGUGUGAAUGAAUAUGAUGUAUGAAUGUGAAAAAUAUGAAAAAUAUACAUAUAUUUUACAUUUAA